AUGGCAGGACAGGCUGACAAGAAGCUUGCCCGAGAGAAUGCAAAAACUCUCAACAAUCUAUUUUAUCAAUUCCUCAUAUUCAACAUAAUAUACAUUCUUGUUCGCAUAUUCUAUUUCUACCCUACUUUUACGACUUGGGUAGCUGUGAAAUACUUUACAACCACAGGAAUAACAUUGUAUCUAGGAUAUCAACUGCUACAGUUUGGCACGCCGCGAUAUCAAAAUGGUGUUUUGAUAUCUCCUGGAAAUGAUUUGGCUGCUAAAGGUUUAACCGAAUAUAUGUUUGAUGUGAUAUAUGUAACAUGGUGUAUCCACAUGUUGUCGAUAGUAUGGGAAGGCGCGUGGUGGUUUUAUUUAAUUAUUCCUGGGUAUGCAAUCUAUAAAGCGUGGGAUGUUCUAUUCCGACCUUACUUUGGAGCCAAUGCAAACGAAACACCCGGCUUAAGUAAGAGACAACAGAAAAGACAGCAGCGACAAGAAUCGGGAAUGUCUAAAGUCAAGUGA